AUGUCCGUUGUGUUUGCUUAUCUCAAGUCAUUCACAUUUACUAUAUUUCUAAUCUUGUUGAUAUUCUCAUUUCUUUCCACUGGAGGAUAUGUUGGUCAGUUGCUCUGGCUAGCUCAUUGGAGUAAUGCUGGAGGUAAUGAUAACUUGACACUUUUUGCUAAUCUUGGUAUAUAUGCUACGUUUGGAAUCGUACAAUCUGUUUCGCUACUAUUUGCUUCACUGACGUUAUCAUUUGGAACUGUUAAAGCUUCAAGGAGACUCCAUGAUGAAAUGCUAUCUAGCAUACUUCGAUCACCAAUGUCAUUCUUUGAUACUACACCUCUAGGUAGACUCUUGAAUAGAUUCUCAAAAGACAUAGAUGCUGUUGAUGAAAAGAUUCCUUUGUUUACAAACUCAUUUCUCAUAACAGUUUUCUCAACUUUUGGAGUCAUUACCAUUAUCUCUGUGGCCUCUCCAUGGUUCCUCAUAGUCAUAGUACCAAUAACAGUCUUCUACUUGAUUGUCCAGCGUUUUUACGUAGCAACUUCAAGACAGUUAAAGCGCCUUGAAGCUACCUCACGCUCUCCAAUUUAUUCGCAUUUUCAAGAGAGCAUUGACGGAAUCUCUAGCAUCAGAGCCUACAAUGUCGCUGAAAGAUUUCGAUUACAGUCUGAGCUUCAUGUAGACUACAAUCAAAUUGCUUUGUAUGUUAGCCAUUCCUCAAUAGUCAGAUGGUUAUCAGUUCAGCUUGAUUUUGUUGGAUCAGUCAUCGUUUUUUCGGCAGCAAUGUUUGCAACUCUUCAACGCAAUUAUCCGCACAUUUUUGGUUUCAUUGACCCUGGUUUAGCUGGAAUGUCAAUUAGCCAAGCUUUUUUGAUGACAUUACUAUUGGCCAUGGUGGUAAGAAUGACCAGUGAC